UUUUUUCUCGAGAAAAUCACCAGCCUUUUAUUAUUUGAAAAAGAAGCCUAGCUGUAUCUUGGCAUCAUCAAGAGACAAGAAUCGUUCUUCUGGUAAAACUGAUUCCAAAUCCAAAAUCCGUAUACACUGUCAGUGUAUAGAAACGGCAUUCACAAACGUUGCAGCCAAGCUCAGUUAUCAAUGUUAAGGUACUCGUCUCUCUUCUCUGUUCCUUCUACUCGCAAUUUGUUUCUUCUUCUUCAUCGUCGAUUACACAUUCAGCCUCUUCCUUCGUUCAUUGACAAUGUUAAUGAUGCUAUUUCCUCAUUCAAUAGCAUUCUCCAUAUGAAGAAUCCUACCCCACCCAUCUUUGAAUUUAAUAAGAUUUUAUCUUCUCUUGCUAAGUUGAAUCAUUUCAAUAUUGCUAUUUCUUUUUCUCAACAAAUGGAACUUAAACCAAUUCAACCUGACAUUUUUACUUUAAGCAUCUUGAUUAAUUGUUUUUGCCACUUGAAUCAACUCAAUUACGCUUUUUCUAUAUUGGGUAAGAUUCUUAAACUAGGUUAUGAGCCGAAUACUGUAACUUUAACUACACUUAUCAAAGGUCUUUGUCUUAAUGGUGAGGUUAGGAAAGCCCUUUACUUUCAUAACGAUGUUAUAGCAAAGGGAUUUUAUCUUAACGAGGUUAGUUAUGGGACAUUGAUCAACGGGUUAUGUAAAUCCGGAGAAACAAGAGCUGCCCUGCAGUUGCUUAGAAAGAUUGAAGGGUUAUUAUUGGUUAGACCUGAUGUCAUAAUGUACACUGCAAUCAUUGAUAGUUUCUGUAAGGAUAAACUCGUAAUUGACGCGUAUGAUUUAUAUUCUGAAAUGAUUGUUAAGAAAAUUUAUCCUAAUGUCGUCACUUUCAAUAGUUUAAUCUAUGGAUUUUGCAUUGUGGGUCAAUUCGAAGAAGCAGUUGGUUUGUUCAAUGAAAUGAUACUCAAAAACACCAACCCCAAUGCGUAUACCUUCAAUAUAUUGGUUGAUGGUUUAUGUAAGGAAGGAGAGGUGAAAAGAGCUAAAAGUGUUUUGACUGUUAUGAUAAAACAACAUGUGGAACCUGAUGUUGUUACUUAUAAUUCUUUGAUGGAUGGGUAUUUCUUGGUUAAAGAAGUGAAUAAGGCCACAUAUGUAUUCGAUACACUUGCUCGAAGGGGAGUGACUCCUAAUGUUCGUAGCUACAGUGUCAUGAUUAAUGGAUUAUGUAAGGUUAAAAUGGUGGAUGAAGCUGUGAUUCUCUUUAAAGAAAUGCAUUCCAAAAGUUUGACUCCUAAUACUAUAACAUACAAUUCCCUUAUUGACGGGCUUUGCAAAUCGGGGAGAAUCUCUGAUGUUUGGUAUCUUAUAGAUGAGAUGCAAAUAAAGGACUUGGGAGUUAAGCCAGAUGUCUACACAUAUAGUAUAUUAAUUGACAGACUGUGCAAAUCUGGAAGAAUCGCUGAUGCUUGGUAUCUUAUAGAUGAGAUGCACGAUAGAGGCCAACCAGCUAAUGUGGUCACAUACACUUCCUUAAUAGACGGUUUGUGCAAAAACCAUAAUCUUGACAAGGCAAUUGCUUUAUUUACGAAAAUGAAGGACUUGGGAGUUGAGCCAAAUGUGUACACAUACAAUAUAUUAAUUGACAGGCUGUGCAAAUCUGGAAGAAUCGCUGAUGCUUGGUAUCUUAUAGAUGUGAUGCACGAUAGAGGUCAACCAGCUAAUGUGAUCACAUACACUUCUUUAAUAGACGGUUUGUGCAGAAACCAUAAUUUUGACAAGGCAAUUGCAUUAUUUACGAAAAUGAAGGACUUGGGAGUUGAGCCAAAUGUGUACACAUACAAUAUAUUAAUUGACGGACUGUGCAACUGUGGAAGACUUAUGGAGGCGUGAGAAGUUUUUCAGAUACUUCUAAUUAAUGGAUAUCUUUAAAUGUUUGCACAUAUAAUGUUCUGAUCAUUGGGCUUUGUAGAGAGGGUUUGUUUGAUGAAGCAUUGUACUUAUGUUGCAAAUGGAAGAAAAUGGUUUGACUCAUGAUGUUGUAACUUAUGAAACUAUUAUUCGUGCUUUGUUCAAAAACCGCAAGAAUGAUAAGGCAGAGAAGAUUCUUCAUGAAAUGAUUGAUAGAGGUCUACUUUAAGAGUAAAAGUAGGUUAGUUAUUUCCUAAUUACAAUUUUUUAUUUUGAAUUUGAAUACGAGAACCCAUUCUUUA